AUGGCCCUCGCUGCCUACUCGGAAGGCUCGGCGGGCAGUACCAAGCCCCACGCCGGCGUCAAAUGCGACAUGUGCCGGUCUGAGCUCGCGACAAGCGUUCGCUACAAGUGUGCGUUCUGUGCCGACUAUGAUGUCUGCGCCAACUGCAUCGAGCGUGCCGACACGCAACACCCGCACCCGUUCCUGCGUCUCACCAAAGCGUCGGCAGCGUACGGCGCCAAGACGUACGCGGUCAUGAACCGAGCGAAUGUGUCGCACAACGUGGCGUGCUCGUCGUGCAAGGUGAACAUCGUGGGUGUGCUGCACCAAUGCACGCACUGCCCGAACAUUCGCUU